GUUAUCUGCCCGUUACGAAAGCCAUAGUCCAAGUACAGAUUCCGAGUGGCAGGGGUUGACAGCGUGUGUGACUGCAAGCAAGAUGAAUGUAAUUCUUGAGACAUUUGUCGUCCUCUUCCAGGUGGCCUACCUGUGGCUGCGGGCUAUAGUGGUGGCAUUCAUACCAGCAAGUUACAGAAGCAAGGAUGUGGCCGGCGAGACGGUGCUUGUCACCGGAGCAGGAAGUGGUUUAGGCAGACUGCUGUGUAUCCGAUUUGCACGACGUGGGUGCCGGCUGAUAUUAUGGGACAUCAACGCUCAGGGGAUGGCAGAGACAGCUGAAGUGUUACGCAAACUAGGCUCUGUACCAGUGUCAUACACCGUUGAUCUGUCCAGAAAAGAUCAAAUCUACGAUACAGCUGAACAGGUCAAGAGAGAUGUUGGUGAAGUUGACAUUCUUGUGAACAAUGCUGGAAUCGUAACUGGGAAGAAGUUUCUGGAAUGUAAAGACGAGUUGAUUCAGAAGACGAUGGAUGUCAACAUUAUGGCCCACUUCUGGACUGUGAAGUGUUUUGUUCCUGGGAUGCUGGAGAGGAACCAUGGCCAUAUUGUCAACAUUGCCAGUGCGGCUGGUCUUUGUGGAGUGAACAGCUUGGCAGAUUACUCUGCCAGCAAGUUUGCAGCAGUUGGCUUUGAUGAAUCUCUCCGCAUGGAAUUCUCGUCAAUGGGAAAGACUGGAGUCCACACAACAGUUGUCUGCCCCUUCUACAUCAACACAGGCAUGUUUGAGGGAGUGAGGACAAGAUUUCCCCUGCUGCUCCCUAUCCUGGACCCCGACUACGUCGCAGACUCCAUCAUCAGCGGCGUGUUGACCAACAGUCAUGUUGUCAUGCUGCCACCCGCUGUUGCUCUUGCUUCAGCUUUGAAAGGAAUCCUACCAGUAAAAUGUGCGAUGCUACUGAAUGAUUUCUUAGGCAUCAACCACACCAUGGAGAACUUCAAGGGGCGACAGAAGAGGGACUGAACAGUUUGCUAUUUCAGGGACCAUCAGAAUACCUGGGCUAGACCCAUUUCAUGUUUUGGUUUGCAGUUUCCUAGUCUGUGGAUACUUGAUUCUGAAAAUGACAUGCUGGUCUUGUCUGCAAAGUAUGACAUGAUAGGGCCUAAUUCAAUAGAUUAUUUCAGUCUUGUUGUUCAGCGGUAAAGGUGGGCAUCCUGUUCGAACAAUUAUGAUGCCAUCACAGAAAUCAGUGCUGUGUUUAGAGCGUAACCAUGAUUCCAGUUUCUUUUUGACCAUGUCUGAUCAAUACAAGGAAAAUGAGGCACUAUUGACUAUUAAGAUUUAUUUCUUACAGAUUUAAUUGGAGUAUCUAUUAGUGGCACAUCUGACUGCAGAGUCCACUGAUCAUGGGUCCACUGAUCAUGGGUCCACUGAUUAUCAGUCCAUUGAUCAUGGGUCCACUGAUUAUUGGUCCACCGAUCAUGGGUCCACUGAUUAUUGGUCCACUGAUAAUCGGUCCACUGAUCAUGGGUCCACUAAACAAGAGUCCAUUUCUCAUUGGUCCACUGAUUAUCGGUCCACUUAUCAUGGGUCCAUUGCUCAUUGGUCCACUGAUCAUGGGUCCACUUAUUAUUGGUCCACUGAUAAUCGGUCCACUGAUUAUCUGUCCACUGAUCAUGGGUCCACUGAUCAUGGGUCCACUUAUCAUGGGUCCAUUGCUCAUGGGUCUUCUGAUCAUGGUCCACUGAUAAUCGGUCCACUGAUCAUGGGUCCACUAAACAAGAGUCCAUUUCUCAUUGGUCCACUGAUUAUUGGUCCACUUAUCAUGGGUCCAUUGCUCAUGGGUCUACUGAUCAUGGAUCCACUGAUUAUUGGUCUACUGAUCAUGGAUCCACUGAUUAUUGGUCCACUGAUCAUGGGUCCACUGAUACUUUGAUCCAGUUACUAUCCUGGUUCUGUCACCACUAUGGCUGUGCUCACUGCCACUUUGGACUUGGACCACCUACAUUAUGCCAACAAUCCUAGUCACAUCCACUGAAUUAUAUCACUAUUCUUAAAUACUAAUCCAUUUGCCUCCACAACUUCCUUUUGAGUCUGCUUCAAGGGACUCUGUGGUACAAAUAUCCAUCCAGUGUUCUUUCAGGACUGGGGAGGUGGGGUAGCCUAAUGGUUAAAGCGUUGGCUCGUCACGCCGAAGACCCGGGUUCGAUUCCCCACAUGGGCACAAUGUGUGAAGCCCAUUUCUGGUGUCCCCUGUCGUGAUAUUGCUGGAAUAUUGCUAAAAGCGACGUAAACCCAACUCACUCACUCACCCUUUCAGGACUGAAGCAAGCACUUUAACUACGGCAUGACUUGUGAUGUUGCAUACAACCAGGAAUGCUCUUUAGCAUUAGGACUUCCAUUCCACUGUCUUGGUCCAGCACAUUUAUGGCAUCUGACUAUUUUAGGAUCGAUGGGUAGCAUCGUGGUUGAAUCACUCGCUCAUCAUGCAGGUUUGAUUCCCCACAUGUACAAUGUGUAAAGGUCAUUUCGGGGGUCCCCAGUGGUGAUUGUACUGGAUAAUGGCAAACAUUGGCAUAGAACCCAACUCCCUCCCUCUGUGUAGUCAAACAUAAGUUCAUGAUAAGAUAUAAGCUGUAGAUGGUUGUGCCAAGGUGGAUUCUUCAUAAGAAACAAUCCAAAACAACCUUUGCUGGAUGUAAGAGGCAAUAGAAUGUAGGGUCAGACUAAAUUAUUUACAGGGCUGUUGUCAAACAACUGGAAUAUUUCAGACUGCAGCAUUACAUAUUCCAAUGUGAAACUUGCCGUUGUUUUCCGAGUAUUAAUAAUUGAGGUGUAAUAUACUUGAUAAUGAGUGAUGACUUAGACGUAAUUAGACACAAGACAUAUCUAGACCUGUGAAAUCUUAACUAUUUCUGGAAAUGUGACUGGCCAUUAAAGAAAACUAUCUUUCAUUAUUGUACGUUAGUAUACAUAUAUCCAGUUAUAUUAUUGCCGUGAGUCAUCAUUUGGUGGCUGUUGGAUAUACAAACUGGAAUGGGAUAUGUUGUGAACAGCUACCACAGUUCUUAGCUUUAAAUCUCAAUUAUCAUCCCUUGUUUCCAUGGCAACGAACAGUUUGAUAAAACAAGAGCAGCUUUUGGAAUUGUUGCUUGUAUGUCAGGAUGAUUAGAUUCAGUUUUAUGAAAGUGCCUUACAUGUACAGGGUUUGACUGGUAUAUAUUAGUAAGAUGUACCAUUUCUCAAAUUCUUGCCACUAUGCAUAUUAUGUAAUUAGUUGUAUGAACAAGGUACUGACUGUACAUUCAGGAGAUCGAUUACUCGAACUAUUUUACAAGUGGAUUUUGUUUAUUAUUCUUUGAGUUUAAAUAUUUAUGGCAUAAUUUCAGAGAAUGAUGAAUAUUUUGUUUCAUGUUAUUAUUUUAAAGGCUGUUGUGCAUUUCAGUUUAUUAUACACAUGCAUCUACACAGAAAUGCUGACAAGAAAACCAUAAUUGACAGAUGCAUGUUUCACGAAAUGAAAUAAUGUAACCACAUAUUAAUGUAUGCCCAAAAAAUCUUACUAAGUACACUCUCUGUUAUGUAGUGACUGUGAGUACCCUAGCGGAUAAAGCGUUCGCUCAUUACACUGAUAAUAAGGUCAUAUGGGUUCAACUUCCCUCAUACAGAGUGUGCAGUCCAUAGUGUCAUGAUAUUCCUGUAUUGUUUCUGAAUCAACAUCCUCAUGAUAUAAAUCAUAUGUGAUUAUGUAGAUGUCUGAUUUGGAGGAGUGAACAGUUUACUGUACAUUCACUGUAAAGGUUCACUUGGCUUUUCAGUGAACCUCACUUAUUGACAAAGUGCCAACACUAUCUCUCCCGGUUUUAAGUUAAGAAUGUUUGUUUCAUAUGAUCUUAUCGAAAGAAGACGUUGUUAAGCAUUAUUUUUGCAAAAGAGGUUUAUGUAUAUUUUGCUGUUUUGUCACUGUUGCAGUAUAGGCAGGCUAUUAGAGAUGAUGGUUUGAGUCAAGUUUCACUCAGGCUCCUAUGCUGUUAAGAAGGGUCCUGUCAUUUGUUUUUUCACAAGUCAGUGCUGUUUUGUUAUGAAUCAUCAAAUUUGUUGAAUUUAUAUCUAUAUCAAAACUGAUUAAAUUUAAUAUGAAAGGAC